UUCCAUGGCAGCGGCCGGGCGCUUGGCUAGGCGCAGGGAAGAUGGCGGUAACCGGUUGGUUGGAGAGUCUGCGGACCGCCGAGAAGACGGCGCUACUGCAGGACGGGAGAAGGAAGGUGCACUAUUUGUUCCCAGAUGGAAAGGAAAUGGCUGAAGAAUACGAUGAGAAGUCAGGCGAACUACUUGUGAGAAAGUGGCGCGUGAAAAGUGCCCUGGGAGCCUUGGGCCAGUGGCAGAUUGAGGUGGGAGAGCCAGCACUCCCAGGAGCAGGGAACCUGGGGCCUGAAUUCAUCAAGGAAAACAAUGCCAAUCCCAUCUUCAUGCGCAAGGACACCAGGAUGAGCUUCCAGUGGCGGAUUCGAAACCUUCCCUACCCUAAGGAUGUCUACGGUGUCUGUGUGGACCAGAAGGAGCACUGCAUCGUUGUCAGAACCACCAACAAAAAGUACUACAAGAAGUUCUCCAUUCCUGACCUAGACAGACACCAGCUACCUCUGGAUGAGUCCUCGCUGAGCUUUGCUCAUGCCAACUGCACGCUGAUCAUCUCUUACCAGAAGCCAAAGGAGAUCCUGGCAGCCGAGGCAGAGCUUCAGAAGGAGCUAAAGAAAGUGAAGACGGCCCACAGCAGUGAUGGGGACUGUAAGACCCAGUAGCAGUGACCCCCGAGCCUACACCUCCGGCAGUGUGGAGGGGGUGAGGCUCUUCCUGUUGCCCCAUGAGACUGAGGCUUGGGCCUUUCUGGUGUAAGAAAGCUCCUUACAGGAGCGAUCCAGGCUCUGUGAGAACUGGGCCUUGGGGUGCUCCUAGCCCCCAUAUCAUGGUCUUAUCUCCUAAGUAAAGUCAUUCUGAGUCA